AUGGCGGUGCUGAAAACUGGCAAUGAAUUUUCGGAUGCGUUUAGUGAUCAAUACGAACAAAGUACCAUCGAUAAAUUUAUCAGUAUCAUUUUAUGCAGGGGCGAUUUUGCCAAACAAAAACUUGACGCAAAGCCGGUUUCAUUUUUUCAACUGUUUCGAUUCGCGACAAUAUACGAUCGGUUUAUCAUGACAGUUGGCGCCAUCUUGGCUAUAGUUUCUGGUAUAUGUCAACCGAUGAUUUGUUUGAUUACUGGUGAAUUAACAAAUAUCUUAUUACUCACAAAGGAUUUUGAAAAAUCUGAAACAUUUUGGUACCAAGCUUAUGUUUAUGUUUAUCUUUUUGCAUCGGUCGGAGUUUCGAUGGUUGUCAUCAUCAUUGCACAAUAUCUUUGCUUGAAAAAUGCAUCUUUAAAUAUAACAUGCACGAUGCGAAAGGAAUACAUGAAGUCAUUAUUGCGCCAGGAUGCGGUAUGGUUCGAUCAGCAGAAGACAGGCACAUUGAUUGCCCAACUUAACGCGAAUAUAGAAAAAAUUAAGGAUGGAAUCGGUGAUAAAAUAUGUAUGAUUUUACGUGGCAUAACAAUGUUUUUGACCUCUAUAGUGAUUGGAUUUAUCUAUGAAUGGCGAAUAACGUUGCUGAUGCUUGGCAUGGGACCUGCUUCUGCUGCGCUUUUGUCUAUUAUGGCUCGAAAAGUGAAACGCUUGAGUGAGCUGCAGAUCAGCGCUGAUGGUCGUGCUGCAGCAAUCCUCGAAGAAUCAAUCAUAAAUGUGAAAACAGUAGCUGCGUGUAAUGCACAAGAAACAAUGAUCGGACAAUAUGCGGCAACACUGAAAGCCUGCCGUAAAUUUGCAUUGCAGAUAUAUGCAUUCGCAGGUUUUUUCGACGGCCUUUUCUUCUUCGUUUUGUAUUUUUUCUACGCUAUUGGAUUCUACUAUGGUGCCCAUUUGUAUCGAACUCAUAUUGCAAUGAAUCCGGGAUACAUAUUUACUGUUGCAAAUGUGAUAAUGUUCGGUUCUUACUAUCUUGGCGUGCUUAGUCCACACUUAAUGGCUGUGCUUAAUGCACGGGUUGCUACAGCUGUUAUCUAUAAAAUAAUCGAUCGAAAACCGUCUGUUGAUUCCAGUUCAAUAGACGGUAUAAAGCUGAACAAAGUAAAAGGUCUAGUAGAAUUUCGAAACGUCAAAUUUUCAUAUCCAACAAGCAAAGAACACCUGAUUCUCAACGGAUUAUCAUGGACAGCAAAGCCGGGUGAUACGGUAGCACUUGUGGGUCAUAGUGGAUGCGGUAAAAGCACCUCUAUUGGUCUGCUAACUUCCCUAUAUACUUGUGAUUCCGGUGCAGUCCUGAUUGAUGGAAUUAAUGUGCUUGAUAUCAAUAUUCAUAGUCUGAGAAAUAUUGUUGGCGUUGUACAACAGGAACCGUUGUUAUUCACAGGUACAAUCAAAGAAAAUAUACGGUUUGGCAAUCCUGAUCUUACAGACCAAGAAAUCAUUGAUACUUGCAAAAUUGCGAAUGCACAUGAUUUUAUUAAUAAAUUAAAUGAGGGUUAUGAUACGAGGAUCGGUGCUGGAGGUAUACAAUUAUCUGGUGGACAAAAACAACGAAUAGCGAUUGCGCGAACAAUAGCUCGGGAUCCGAGAAUUCUGCUCCUGGACGAAGCUACCAGUGCGCUGGAUGCAGAAAGUGAAGUAAUGGUGCAAAGCGCCCUAAAAAAGGCAUCUGUUGGACGCACAACAAUCGUUAUUGCUCAUCGAUUGUCAACAUUACGUGAUUCUGACCAAAUUAUAGUUCUUGAUAAAGGUCAGGUCGCCGAAAUCGGCACGCACAAGGAGCUUUGCAGUAGAAAGGAUGGUAUUUACGCAUCGCUGGUCAAAUCACAGCAGUUUGAAGAAAAGCGAAAUGUGUUACCUGUCCUGGUUGAAGAACUUCCAUCAGAAUCAUUUCAUAGAUCGUUUGCUGGAAGUAGUCGCAACUCAUCAAAUUACGGUAUACUAUCAUCAAUGACACGAGGUAGUAUUAUAAGCGGUGAUGUCAAACGCGCAUCAAUUACUAACGAACCAUCAGAAAAAAUUAUUGGACAGAACGGAAAGAAAAAAAAUAAAUCGAAAGGCUUGUGGCAAUUAUAUACGAACUGCCACGGCAAUUACGGAAAGGUAGUAUUAGCGCUGUUGGUAUCAUUUCUUCGUGGGUUGGAGUUGCCAGCUUUUGUAAUCAUUUUCAAUCUUACGUUUGACGCAUUCGCACCGGCGGAUUUGGAAUCAAUAAUGGGACGAAUUUUGCCUGUUGUCAUUAUUUACAUUGUACUAGGCGCAGUAUGCGUAAUUGUCCUUUUUGCUGCGACAUUUACAUUUGGAUGGAUAGCGGAAUGUGUUGUAGAUGUCCUACGCCUUCGAGCGCUGCGUAGUGUGCUUUAUCAAGAUGCGGCAUAUUUUGAUACGCCAUCUACAAGCAGUGCUGUAACUGUUACGCGUAUAUCUAUUGAUGCUCCAAACAUUAAAGCGGCACUUGAUUCACGAAUGAUGCAAAUUCUGAAUAACGUUGUGGCGAUUUUUGUGAUGGUUGUUAUUGCAAUAAUAUUUAAUUGGCGAAUUGGCUUAGUUGGCACUGGAAAUCUCCUACUACUAAUCUUGCUGUUAUUGCUUAUCGCACGUCAAAUGCAGAAGUUAAAUAAGCGCGCCUUAAAAAAGGAUCUUACCGGUCAAUUGGCAAUCGAAAUUGUGGAACAGAUACGAACAAUUCAAUUGAUCACAAGAGAGGAGCAUUUCCAUCGGGAAUAUGUCCAGCAAAUCGAGGAACUGUUACGCGUGCAAAAAAAAAGUGGCCCAUAUGAAGCAGUACUUUUUGCCGUUACAUCAUCUUACAUGUUCUACAGUGAUAUGUUAUCGUAUGCAUUAGGCAUUGCAUUAAUUUACUACGGGUAUUCAACACCAAACGAAGUUUUCACCGCUGCAGUGUCAAUUUCAACUAGUGGUUGGGCAUUAAUUAUGGUUGCUGGUUGUUUGAAUACGUUUGUCAUGGCAUCUCCAGCUUCAGAUUCAUUAUUCCAGAUCAUCAAUACCGAAAAUACUGCUAAAAUUGUUGAAGAAGGCAUACGUCCAGAAAUAACGGGUCGUGUUGAAUUUAAAAAGAUACACUAUUCAUAUCCAACAAGACCACAGCAAAAUGUUCUUAAUGGACUUAAUUUAACAGCCUUUGCGGGACAAACAAUUGCUGUUACUGGACCAUCUGGAAGCGGCAAAAGUACUGUGAUCGCGUUAUUGGAACGUUUUUAUCAAUUUAAUUCUGGACAAUUGAAUUUGGAUAAUAAUUCAAUUACGAAAAUAUCACUUCGAUACUUACGCGAGCAAAUAGCACUGGUCGGUCAAGAACCAGUACUGUUUAGCGGCACAAUAGCAGAAAAUAUCUUGCUUGGUACUAAUGGUAAAACAAUGGAUGACGUACGUGAAGCUUGCAAAAUAGCUAAUGCUACCGGUUUCAUUGAAGAUUUACCACAGGGCUAUGAUACGGAAGUUGGUGAACAUGGAGGUCAGUUAUCAGGUGGUCAAAAGCAGCGUGUUGCUAUUGCUAGAGCAUUAGUUCGAAAUCCGAAAAUAUUAUUGCUUGAUGAAGCAACCAGUGCAUUAGAUGCAGAAAGCGAAAGGACAGUUCAACAAGCAUUGGACGUGGCAAGUAGUGGUCGGACAUGUAUUGUAGUUGCGCAUAGGCUGUCAUCCAUUCAACACGCGGAUCAAAUAUUUUUCGUCGAAAAUGGACGAGUGAUCGAAGAGGGGACACAUCAGGAGCUUAUUGAAUUAGAGGGAAAGUACGCUGAUUUGAUUCGGAAACAAGACUUGAAAUCGUAA